AUGUCGGAGCAAGAACAGCCCCUGAAAUCAAAUACGAAAAUAAAAAAUGAACCAUCACCACGUCAAACAGAGCAUCAAAUUGUAAAGAGAAGAAGAGUCACAAGAGCAUGCGAUGAAUGUAGGAAAAAAAAAGUUAAAUGUGAUGGACAACAACCGUGUAUUCAUUGUACUGUGUAUUCAUAUGAAUGUACGUACAAUCAUCCAUCCAAGAGAUCUCAAAACCAAACAGGAACAAAUAACAAUACUUUGAAUACAAUUACCACCAUUUCCGUAUCUGCAAAUGGAAGUAAUACUAAAACGAGAAGCACAACACCAGUACCUGGAACUAGUGCGGGUGUGACAAGGAAAUAUACCACCAAAACUACCAGAUUACAACAACAAGUAGAUAAAUAUCAGCAACUUUUAGAAGGUAUGAUUCCAAAUUUACCUGACAUAAAAACACUUGAUAUACCUACCUUUCUGCAAAUCUUCCAUAAUUUCCAGGGAAACUCUGAUUUCAUAGAGGAUACUGUUAAAGAGUACCAUGUUCUUGUUAGUGAUAGCACUUCCCCAUCACAACAAAAAUCGCAAUAUAACCAAUUUGGAACACCCGAAUAUUCUUCAACGGCUGGUCCUAGCAGUGUUGGUAGCACCCAAAACAACUCAGAUUCUAAACUAUUGGAUAAUAAUGAAAGAAUUCCCGUAGGACGAGAAAUCAAAAUCAUUUUGCCACCCAAGGUAAUUGCCAUUCAAUUUGUCAAGAAGACUUGGGAACAUUGUUGUGUACUUCUAAGAUUCUAUCAUCGUCCGUCUUUUAUCCAACAACUGAACGAACUAUACGAAACUGAUCCUAAUCAUUAUACCCCCAAACAAAUGCAAUUUCUACCGUUAUGCUAUUCAACCAUUGCGGUAGGAGCGUUAUUUUCUAAAUCUAUUGUCCAUGAGGAAAUGAAUGUUCGAUCCGAUGUAAAUGGUAACGAUGAACUCAUCACAGAUGAUAAAUUUUUACAGGAUGAAGGUUAUAAAUACUUUAUUGCUGCUAGAAAGUUAUUGGAUAUCACAAAUGCCAGAGAUUUAAACUCGAUACAAGCUAUCUUAAUGUUGUUUAUCUUUUUACAAUGUUCAGCCCGUCUUUCCACAUGCUAUGCAUAUAUUGGUGUGGCUAUGCGAAGUGCGUUAAGAGAAGGUUAUCAUAGACAGGUUGGACCUCUAUCAGGGUUCACCCCCAUUGAAAUCGAGAUGAGAAAAAGAUUAUUCUACACUAUCUACAAACUGGACAUCUAUGUCAAUGCUAUGUUAGGUUUACCAAGAUCAAUUUCACCCGAUGAUUUUGAUCAGACUUUGCCAAUAGAGUUAUCAGAUGAAAAUAUUACGGAGCAUGGGUACCUACCAGAAAAUCAAAAUGGUGUUCUCUCUAGUACGGGGAUAGCCAAUCAGCAUACGAAGUUAUUGAUGAUUUUGAAUAGUAUCGUUAGGGAACUAUAUCCAAUAAAGAAGACAAACAAUUUAAUAUCACACGAAACUGUCACCAGAUUAGAAUUGAAAUUAAGAACUUGGAUGGAUGAAUUACCCACAGAAUUAGUCCCCAAUCUGGAAAAUAUCCCUGCAAAAUACGAGAGAGCAAAUAAAUUACUACAUCUAUCCUUUCUCCAUGUUCAGAUUAUUUUAUACAGACCUUUCAUCCAUUACUUAUCCAGAAAUUUUGUAGACAUGGCACCUGACACUCUUUCAUUACAACGUGCAAGAAAUUCCAUUAACGUGGCCAGAUCAGCUGUUAAAUUAGCUCAGGAAAUGUUAAGCAAAAACCUUAUAUCAGGUUCUUACUGGUACGCUAGUUAUACAAUAUUUUACUCUGUUGCAGGACUGUUGUUUUAUAUCCAUGAGGCACAAUUACCAGAUACAGAGAGCGCCCGUGAAUAUUAUGAUAUCUUGAAGGAUGCCGAAAUCGGUAGAAAUGUCUUGAAUCAAAUUAAAGAUUCUAGUAUGGCGGCAACAAGAACCUAUAACUUAUUGAAUAAACUUUUUGAAAAGCUAAAUUCGAAGACCAUCAAACUAACAACAAUGUAUAAUUCUCCAAGUCAUCAAAGCCCGACAACAGCCACAAACCAAGGAGAAUUGUCAUAUCAAGAGAGACCUCAGAGCCAGAUACAGAAUAACUUUAAUAGACAAGGGAACGAUAACAUGUUAACAAACUUUACGGUGCCAUCAUAUCCAGAAGAUAUACAAAUACAACCCACAACAUCAAACCCACAACAACACCAGCAGCCCCAGUUACAAUUACAACAAUCACCUGCUUCUAAUUUAAGCGCCGUGUCAAUGACAAAUAAUGCAAGUAAUACAUUUUUACCACAACCUACGAAGACACCAAACCAAAAUGGAACAUAUCCUAAAUUGGAGAAAGAGUCAGAUCAGGUUCCUCUUACGGAUAUCUUUGGAUUUAAUGGUAACCCCAACGAUAUUUUAUCUAGCGCUACUGGUGAUGCAGAUACAAUUGGGUUAGAAUCCAGUGUGAAUAGUUAUAGCAAUAAUGGGCUAAGUAAUACCAAUUUGGCUGGAAGCAAUAACGAUAAGAUAAAAGCGGAAAACCUUGAUGAAGCCGGAAUACUAAACGUGUUUGAUCAGUUGGAUGCACAUCUAUUUGGUAAGUAUAUGCCUCUCAACUACCAACAAGAUGACCUAAGCACGAAUCCAACCCCGACCCAGAACCAAGACCGAACCCCAAACCCAAACCAAGAAGUAUAA